CACUACAAGUUCAAGCCAAUAGGAGAAUACAUCCGCUCUAGGGUUCGCUCUAACAGCCAAUCAGGGCCGUGCUUUGCUUCGCGUAUCCAAUCAUAACGAUGGGCGGGAUCAUACGGCCCUAGUUCAGUCAGUCCUUAAAUACUGCAGCAACUCCACAGACGAUCUCACUGAUUUCUUCAAUAACCAGAGGAAAGAAGAUUGUUAAGCAACAUGUCUGGAAGAGGUAAAACCGGAGGAAAAGCCCGCGCUAAGGCUAAGACUCGCAGCUCCCGCGCUGGUCUGCAGUUCCCCGUUGGCCGUGUGCAUCGUCUCCUGCGUAAAGGCAACUACGCUGAGAGGGUAGGUGCUGGUGCCCCCGUCUACCUAGCUGCCGUUCUUGAGUACCUCACCGCUGAGAUCCUCGAGUUGGCGGGAAACGCUGCAAGAGACAACAAGAAGAGUCGUAUCAUUCCUCGCCAUCUUCAGCUGGCCGUCCGUAACGAUGAGGAGCUGAACAAACUGCUCGGUGGCGUGACUAUCGCCCAGGGAGGAGUUCUCCCCAACAUCCAGGCCGUGCUGCUGCCCAAGAAAACUGGCCAGGCUGUCCCCAGCACCGGCAAAUCAGGAAAGAAGGGUUCUUCCCAGUCGCAGGAGUAUUAAAAACUACGCUGAAUUGAGUCAACUCAUCCAAAGGCCCUUUUAAGGGCCACCCAAUUAUUCUGAAAAGAGCAAAUUCCAUUUGUUUGAAUUGUAGUGGUAGUCUGUAUUGAGACGUUUUGCAUAUUAAACGGUCUUUUUUGAAGUUUGCGUUUUUGUGGUGUGAGGAUGAACAAUUUUACACAUGUGAUCGACGGGGAGGGACAAAAAGUGUAAUGAUGGUAUCAACAUUUUUUUUUUUUUUUUUUAUUACAGAAACUUUUCAUAUUGAUAUAAUUGCAGAGUAGCGUUGUAGGUCAAAUAAUUUGCUGGUUAAUUUAAUCACAUCUUGAAGACACAUUGUGGGAUCAAAACCAUAUAAAAAUAUUCUAAAACAA